UGUUUCAAGAUGGCGGACGUGGCGGGCCCCUCCCGCCCCGGCGCCGCGGCGUUCUGGACCCGGGACUUUUCUGAUGAAGAACAAUCAGUAGUGUAUGUUCCAGGAAUUUCUACAGAAGGAAAUAUCAGAUCAAGACACAAGUUGAUGAGUCCGAAAGCUAAUGUUAAACCCAAGACUUCCAGGGUGAUUCCUGAUUCAAUCUCUAUGGAAUCUUUAAAAGGUGCAGGAGAUGCCGUAAAUGAACAGAAUUUCUGCAAGGGAGGAAUAAAGAGUGCAUCAUUGAAGGAUUUAUGUCUUGAAGACAAAAGACGCAUUGCAAAUUUAAUUAAAGAACUAGCCAGAGUAAGUGAGGAAAAGGAGGUGACAGAAGAACGACUCAAAGCUGAACAGGAAUCAUUUGAGAAGAAGAUCAGGCAGUUGGAAGAACAGAAUGAACUGAUCAUCAAAGAAAGGGAAGCUCUUCAGCUACAGUAUAGAGAAUGCCAAGAACUUCUAAGCCUCUAUCAGAAAUAUCUGUCAGAACAGCAGGAGAAGCUCACCAUGUCUCUCUCAGAACUUGGUGCAGCUAGAAUGCAGGAACAACAGGUAUUCAAUAGGAAAAGCACUCUCCAGUCUUCAUCUAUGGAACUGGAUGGCUCCUACUUGAGUGUAGCUAAACCGCAGACCUGCUAUCAAACGAAGCAAAGGCCCAAGCCUGCAAACCAGGACCCAGCUUCAGAGCCCCUUGUGGAGUUUAGGAAUAAUUCUUUGAAACCAGCAGCCCUUCAUUAUCCCAAAGAGCAUCUAGACAGGGUGCCAUCAGAGACCAGAACAUGUGAUUACAGAUCUCCAGGGGAAAAACUAGCAGGUGCAGUCCCUACAGAGAAAGUUCCACCAGAGGAAUUGAAAGAAUGCCCACAUCUUAAGCCUACUCCAUCUAGACUGUGUUGCGGUCAUAGACUUUAUGAAAAUGCACAUCAUGUUCAUGUUAGCCAUCCUACAGACAUGGCCCCUCAAUAUUCCAAGACACACCCGGAAUCAUACCAUUACUGCGGGCAUUCCUGGGCACCUCUGAUGCAUGGCCAAGGGCUACUGCAACCCAGUGAAACUGAUUUCAAAAAGCUACUCUCAGAAGAUAGAAGGCAGCAACUUAUGCUUCAAAAAAUGGAGCUGGAAGUUGAAAAGGAGCGCCUUCAGCAUCUGUUAGCCCAGCAGGAGACAAAGCUUCUCCUAAAACAGCAGCAGCUUCAGCAGUCUCGACUAGAUUACAAUUGGUUAAGAACUCAAGCUGCAUUUAAGUCGAAGGAACUGGUUGCUGAUAAAGAUCUUGCUAAGUCCCGAGAGCUCAACCUGGUUAUGAAUGGGAGUGACUCUGGACCAAGUUUGUUGAAGUCAACAUGUGAUGACUGGCAGCUUGGAACAUCAUCAUCCAUCAAAAAGUACCCAGAGUCCAUUAACAGUGGAGAGAAUAGAAAAGAGAAGAAGACCGUUGGGUUUCAGUCACAUAUGGAAGAUGAUGCCCUGUACACAUGUCCAAAGAAAGAUACAUAUCGACCACAAAGAGGGACAAUGGCAGGAGUUAGAAAAGAUGCGUCCACUUCUCCUAUGACAACAGAAAGCCGAAAGGAGCUUGUAAGCACCACAUCGUCACUCCCACAUGACGCCCCCCGGUAUGAGACAUCUCUGUUGGAUUUGGUUCAGUCACUGAGCCCAAAGUCUGCUUCUAAACCCCAGCCCCAUCCCUGCAGAGAAGCUGGGUCCUGGAAACACAGAACUUGCCAACUCAGUUCUCUAAAAUCGACCCGGAACAAGAUGGGGGCAGGCAGGACCCCCGAAGACCUGGAGGAGAAUCAAAUUCUAGAAGAUAUCUUUUUCAUUUGACACCAAAGCACUUGCUGCAAAAUUUCCAUCAGAACCUUGUGGGUGUUUUAAUAUACCGAUCUAGGAUUUUUAAAUUUUUGAUUACAAGUAAUUGUG